UUUUUUGAUUCUUCUUUUAAAAUCAGCAUCGCAACGCGUAACACAUUAUGAACGAAGCAUUACUGCAUUCUUCUGUUUCUUUUUUUUUUUUUUCAGAUUCAUAAGUCACACUAUUAAUGUUUCAGUACUUUAACUGCACCCACUCACACUCACACUCACUCACCCAUUGUUUUUGUUGCCCGUUUUUGAACCCUAUAUAGUAGAUAUAUCCCAUUUUUGAUUUUGUUAAGUACGAUUUUAGGGUUUCUACUGUACUUACAAAUGGCUUAGCUGAGUGUUCUUUACUUAAAUCUGGGCUGGAUGUUGUUGGGAGUUUAUUGGGCAUUUUACAUAUGAAGCUAGAUCAUGCUGUGGAAACUGAGGAUAUGUAGAUUCAGGAUGGGGGUAAAUUAGAUUAUGGAUCUGAUUGAGUUUUUGGAGUUUUGCUGGAAGCCAUUGCUAAUGAUUUACUAGAGGUGGCAUAGUUGGUAUAUCCGGUUUCUGCAUGUGAAGUGGAGAUCGUUUGCUUCUUGGUGUUGUUUAUGCUGCAUUCCGGGUUGUUGAGAAGAGUGAAAUCAAUCCUUUUGGGGUUAACUGAGUGAGAUUUCUAAUUUAAACGGACUAAUAAAAGGAAGUUGAUCGUUUUGUGAUGGAUUUCUUCAAAGUGAAGAAGUUUAGAAAGGCUCAUAAACCGGUAUCCGAGGUUGAUAUAGAGGAUAAGCCCGUUCCGCUUCCAGGAGAGCAAAAGAAUGAGAAUGGUAACGUGGGGAAAACAGUUAAUGUUGAUUCCACUAAUGCUGAACUAGAAGAUGACGAUGAUGACUUCAUCACGAACGAGGUAAAGAGGAGGUUGAAGGAACUGAGAAGAAACAGUUUUAUGGUAUUAAUUCCUGAAGAGUCAACUCCAGAAGAUGAAGAUGCAGAUGAUGAAGAAGAACAUGCGAACACAAAUCCCAGUGAUUGGAGGGAUGUUGAAGCGGAAGGACGACAGUUUUGGUUGGGGUUCAAUGCUGUAUACGACAAAUACUCUGAACAAAUGCUGUUUUAUGACCGCCUGCAUGUUCAGCAGCUGCGUGAAUUUGGUUCGCAUAUUCCAUCUACUUCUUCUCCAAGAUCUGCAUCUAAAAAGCUUGUAUCACCCUUUCGGUGCCUAUCCUUGAAAAAAAUGGAUGAAUUUCAAGAUGAAACGGAGAACUUGCACCAACCCGUGGCUGACAUUAAUCAAGAUCUUGAAACUACUUAUGUAGCUCAGUUGUGCUUGACCUGGGAAGUUCUUCACUGUCAACACACACAAUUGAGUCAGAAAAUCUCUUGCCAACCUGAUAGUACCAUCUCCUAUAAUCAGAGCGCUCAGCAGUUUCAGCAGUUCUUGGUCUUGUUACAACGUUUUAUUGAAACUGAACCUUUUGAACCGGGUGCAAGGCCUGAAAUUUAUGCUCGCAUGAGAAAUGCCUUGCCUAUGCUACUUCAGGUUCCUAAAGUUCAAGGUUCUGAUCAAAAGAAAUUGGAUGAUGAUGAGUUGCCAGUUCUUGCUCCAGAUCUACUUAAAGUGAUUGAAAGUUCAAUCCUCACCUUUCGUCUAUUUGUGAAGAUGGACAAGAAGUCCAGCAGUGGACGUAAUCUUUUCGGAAGCCAGAACCAGAUGACAACACCCCUUCAUCAGGUUCAAUGUUCUCUUGAAAAGAAAAAGGUGAAACUGAAGGAACUACGGAAGAAAACAAAGAACCUGAAGAAGAAGUCAUGGCCUACCACGGCAGGGGACGUGGACCUGUUGCUUGGCCUAAUUGAUGUUAAAGUCAUGAAUAGGGUCCUAAGAAUGGAAAGAAUUAGUAAGGAGCAGUUAUUCUGGUGCGAAGAAAAGAUGAAGAAGCUAGAUGUAAAUGACGGCAAGCUGCAGAGAGACCCCUCUCUUAUCUUAUUUCCUGGUUAGCAGGCUAUUGUUGUACUCUUGCUAGGAAAACCAACUAUUCCCUAAUUCCCCUCUGUAUUGGAUAUGUAUAAUAGGGUGGAUAUUCUUCAUCAACUCUUCGACAGUGGUGGAUUUUUAGUAGAAAAGACUCCUCAGUUUGAUUCAA